AUGCUCAGAAGACGUCUCAGGCUCAGCUACUCUUCCGACGAAGAAGAACAACCAGAACCACAACAACACCAGAAUGAAGAACCUCAGCCGCAAUCGUCAGCUGUCACUCACCCACCCGUUACCCUAGCCCCUCCAAACCCUUACCCCUCCGAACCGCUCCCAAUCACCUCCUCCUCCGACGAGUUCAUCGAUGUCUCCGACAACCUCUCGUCGCCGUCACCUCAGCCGUCUCCGGAACCCGAGAGCGACAAUCGACCACAUCCUCCUCCGCCGGCUCAGGAUCCGGCACCGGAACCCAUUAACCGGCCGCCUCCACCUCCAUCUCCAUCUCCACCGAGCUCCGGCGGGUUUCCGAUUAGUGAACAUCUCCAGGGGUUAGGGUUAAGGCUAAAGAGGGAGUGGCUCGAUGCUUGUGUCCAUGGACUUCAGCAAUCCGUACCGGGAUUUCAAAAUUUUGAUGUGGAGACGAAGGCGAAGCUCUGCUUCGAGCAGUUUUUGGUUUCGGAUAUGAAUCUGUCCGGCGGAGGCGUGCUUCCAGAAAAUGUGGCUUCUCUCCAUCUCGUCGAUCUUCCCGGACCUUAUGUAUUGCAGGUUGAUGAGAUUGUUAAUAUCAGCAAUCCUCUCAAGAUUAGGUAUCAGAAAGCCGCUGUUGGACUGAAGAGGUGUCUCAAGUUGUCCAUAACAGACGGUGUUCAACGCGUCUUUGCCAUGGAAUAUAGGCCUAUUCAGGCGCUUGAAGCUUUGGCUCCUGCUGGUUUGAAGGUUGCUAUGUGUAAUGUGCAUAUACGCCACGGACUUCUUAUGCUGGUCCCUGAAUCUGUUGAAGUUCUAGGAGGAUUAGUUGAGGAACUGGAUGCUGCACGUCAACGCCUUGUUGAUGAAGUAAAUAAGCCACCUAGAGGAAAAAGAACCAGGAAUGGAGUGGUUCCUCCUCUAGCUACAAGGUUAACUCUUGCUGCAUGGCCUCCUAACGGUGUUCAUGAUGCUGGACACACCAAUAGUUCAACAAUGGAAGCCCCAACCCCAUUUCAGGCGUCUAACCAAGGUGCUACAUUCUCUGUAUCAGCCAGAAAUACCAGCUCUGUAUCAUCUAGAAACACCAGCUCUGUAUCAUCUAGAAACACCAGCCCAGUGACUGCCGAAGAAUCUACUGUUCCUCUCAGUGGAGAACACUCUGUUGUUAACCCAUCAUCUACUGAUGUAUUUGGUGUUGAAGAUAUGCCUAUGGAUACUACUCCCUAUAGCAGAAGAAAUGCUAUUCCCAACCCAUUAUCUGAUGAUUUUGGUGUUGAGAAUCUCCACAUAAAUAGUGCUGGUCAUAGCAGGGAAAGUCGAGUACCUGAAAAUGUCAUUCCUAAUCCAUCCUUUGAGGAUGCUUUGGAUGUUGAAGAUGUCGAAAUGGAUGCCAUUCAUAUUGGGGGAGAAAACCAUACCUCAGAUUCUAUUUUGAAUGAUGAAGAUAUCAAUAUGAUUAACGAGGGCGAAACUCAUGGGGGUUACCCAUCGUCUGAUGCUAUUUUGAAUGAUGAGGAUAUCAAUGUGGUUAAUGAGGUCGAGCGCCAAGAAAUACUAUCUGGAGACCACGAACCACCUUUCAGUUACCUAUGUAGUUUGUCAGCCAAGUUAGCUAUGAUGAAGAACACUCAUUCAAUCCAGGGGAAGGUUAAGUGUGUUCUGACUGGUGUGAAGAAGUUCCAAUACACACAUACAUAUGAGCUUCAGGCGUAUGUUGAUGACGGCACUCUCAUUAAAGAAAUUCUCGUUGAUCACAAUGUUGUACAGGAGGGGAUUGGUCAUUCUCCUGAGGAGGUCAAAGCUGCCAUUUCUUCUCCAGACAAAACAAUAGUUCGUAACAUGAAGGAGAAAAUGAAGCAGUUUCAAAAAUUCUUAACAAAUUUUGAGGGCAUAAUGCUUAUAGAGAUGAGAUUGCAUGAUCUUCCAAUUGCCCUUGAGAUGAAGCAGGGUUGUACUCAAUCUGAUGCGUGGUUGCUUUUGAGGAGAAUAAAGGCCUCCCCUCCAGCUCGAGCAUCUGGGCAUGCCUCCUCUGCAGCUCGGACAUCACAGUAUCCUUCCUCUCCAGCUCGGACUUCACAACAUCUCUCCUCCCACCCCAUUGAUAUAUCCCCCUGA